AUGGGGUGUUCCUCUUCCAGUGCGCAGGUAGUAGACCAAGAGAAGAGACCUGGGACGAAGCCCGAGGAGGCCAAUGGAUCUGUGGUGAAGAAUAGUUUCAUAGCCGAGAAUGGCCAGACCAUUGAAGCCCAGAUGCAGCUGCCUGUGCAGACUGACCUACCCAGCGAUCUCCACUCUCUGGGGCUAGAGGAGGUGACGGAGCCCAUGCUCUUGGCUCUGGAGACACAAGAGGAGCUGGGUUCUGGGGUGGACCUACUCUCCCCCCAGGCCACAUUGGAGGUGGUCGAAGCCCUGCCUGCCGUGGAAGAGGCAGCCCCUGUAGAAAACACCGUUACUGAGACUGUGAAGGUGGAGACGUUGGUUGAUGUUACAGAAGACGUUCCUGAAAAUGUUGUCGCCGCUCAGAUAGAAGCUCCGGUCUCAAAUGAAGAGGCAAGUGUAGUCGGGGUGGUCCCAGAAGCUGUCCCCAUUGCCUCUGUUGUGGCUGAACCUGAGGCAAAAGAGGCAGAGGAGAAGACAGAGGUGAAAAGCAAUGUUGAGGUAUUGAACGAGGAAACAAUUGCAGCUGCUACAGUACCAGAACUGCCUCCACUGUCUCCAGGGAAAGACCAGACUGCACCUGCACUCGUGAACUCUGAGACCAUCACAGCACCAGCACAAUCUGCAUCACAAAUGACUGAGGCGGAGUCAGAGAAAGCCAAAAAGGAAGACUGA